AUGCUUCUUAUGGAGUCAGACUCUGAUGAAGAGUUGGAGAUAAUUGCAAAUCUUGCUAUGGAAGAAGAAAUAUUAACAUCACAUGGUCGUCCUAAAAAACGUCGCACAUUCAUCCGGCGUGACCGCUUGCAAGCUGGGGAAGAUCUUUUUCGGUACUACUUUGCUGAACCACCAAUAUAUCCUCGCAAAUAUUUUCGAAGGAGAUUUCGAAUGAGUCGUGAUCUUUUUUGCCGUAUUCAAUAUGCGGUUGAAGCCAAAGAUCCAUAUUUUGUCCAAAAAAGAGAUGCUUCCCAAAGGCUUGGUCUUACUUCCCUUCAAAAUAUUACCGCCGCAUUUAGGAUGCUUACAUAUGAUGUUACAGCUGACUUUAUGGACGAAUACUUGAAGAUUAGAGAAACCACUGUCGUUAAGAGUAUUAAAAGGUUUGUUCAAGCAAUAAUUUCAAUUUUUUCAGAACAAUACUUAAGUUCACCCAACAAUGAAGACAUCGCUAGAUUGCUAGCAGAAGGCAAAAACCGUGGAUUUCCAGGCAUGUUGGGGAGCAUUGAUUGCAUGCACUGGAAAUGGAAAAACUGCCCAACUUCAUGGCAAGGUAUGUAUUCUGGUCAUUGUCACGAACCAACUAUUAUUUUGGAAGCAGUGGCUUCAUAUGAUCUUUGGAUAUGGCACGCUUUUUUUGGUUUACCUGGAUCUCAUAAUGAUAUAAACGUAUUGGAAAGGUCAUUUAUAUUUUCUGACCUCGCUCAAGGGCGUGCUCCUCCUGUUAACUACACCGUUAAUGGUCAUAACUAUAAUAUGGGAUACUACCUUGCUGAUGGCAUAUAUCCACAGUGGGCGACAUUUGUGAAAACAAUUUCAUCUCCACAAGGAAAUAAGAGAAAACACUUUGCUGCAGCCCAAGAGUACGUGGACCUGCACGAUUUGCAAUAG